AUGGCAUUCACAUUGUGGUUAGGUCCUCUGAUACUACUAGCCUCUGCUUUUCCAUGGGCAGUGGCAACUCCUUCACCAUAUCAAGUUAACCAGCCACAAGGAUGUGAUUUGUUUCAAGGCAACUGGGUCAUGGAUGAUGCUUCUUUGUACCCUCUCUAUGAUGCUUCAAGGGAUUGUCCUUUCAUUGGUCAAGGAUUUGAUUGCAUCAGAAAUGGCAGGCCUGACAAGGAGUACCUAAAGUUUAGAUGGAAGCCCUCUACUUGUCACCUUCCAAGGUUUCAUGGAAGGAAUUUCCUAGAGAGAAACAAAGGGAAGAAGAUAUUGUUUGUGGGGGACUCCAUAAGCAACAAUAUGUGGCAGUCACUUACUUGUUUGCUUCACAUUGCAGUCCCAAACUCAAAUUUCACCUUAACAAGACAAAUAAAGGAACUUUCUGUAUUCUCAUUUCCGGAAUAUGGUGUUUCGAUCAUGUGGUUGAAAAAUGGGUUCCUAGUGGAUUUGGUUCAUGAUAAAGAAAAAGGAAGAAUUCUAAAGUUGGACACAGUUAGCACAGGGGACAAGUGGAAAGAAGUAGAUGUUUUGAUUUUCAAUACUUAUCACUGGUGGACUCAUAGAGGACAAUCUCAAACAUGGGAUUACUUUCAAGUGGGAAAUGAGUUAAUCAAGGACAUGGAUCACAUGGAAGCUUUCAAGAUUGGGUUAACCACUUGGGCUAAAUGGGUUGAUUCUAACAUUGAUCCUUCAAAGACCAGAGUGUUUUUCCAGGGAAUUUCUGCUUCCCAUGUUGAUGGAAAGGGCUGUCUGAGACAAACUCAACCAGAUCAAGGAUCAAUGCCAUCUUAUCCUGGUGUGGACAUUGUAAAGAGUGUUCUAAGUAACAUGGCAAAGCCUGUAGAAUUGCUUGACAUAACUCUGCUCACACAGCUAAGGAGGGAUGGUCACCCAUCAAUUUACACAGGCGAUGGCACUUCUUUGGAUGAUUGCAGUCACUGGUGUCUAGCUGGUGUUCCUGAUACUUGGAAUGAAAUAUUGUAUGCUUCUAUGCUUGGAAAUUAG